ACGUGAUUUCAAACAGUGAAGUCGACUUGCCGCUGCCGCAUCGCAUCGCACCGCACACACCGCAAUCGGUAAUCGGAAUCGGAAUAAAAAAAAAAACAGAAAAGAAUCGGAAUAGCCAGCGGUCGAAAAAAUUUGUUGUUUAUGCCACAACCCAACAACAACGUUAAAUAAAAUAAGAAACCAACCGACAGAAAAUUAUAAGAAUAUUCAAAACCGAAAAACGUACAACCACAUCUUUUGCGUAGCGCGUUCGUUUUGCCGUCGCUAAAACCGUUAGUUUAUAUUUUGAGUUUUGUAUAUUUUUUUUAUUGUUCCUACAUGUUUUUACAGUGCAAAAAAAAAAAAAAAAAUGAAAAACCAAAAAUAAGAAAAGAACAAACUACAAGGAUUUGAGUGUAUUGGUAUUGCCAGUUAUGAGUUGAUCAAUAUGAACAGCAGCAACGAUAAGGAAGAGGACAACGAAGACGUAUUUUAAGAAAAAUUAUAAAUAAUUUAAAAUUUAAUUAAAAAAUAAAACACCCAAAUAACAAACAACAAAAACACGGAGAGAGCAUUUCGAGAACAACAAAUAAAUCUCGUGCACACGCACGUGGGGUUGCAUGUGUGCGUAUGUGCAUCUGUGUGUGUGUGUGGGUGAGAGCAACUAAAUCAGCAUCUACAACUACAAGCUCAAAAAUUAAGGAACUGAAGCAACGCACCAAAACAACGCACACUUAACACAAGUUCAGAUCUGCCGUGGAACUGCUCUGCAUACAAGACUUUGAAAUAUAUACCUAUAUAUAUAAACAGCCACCACGCACUUCAGGAAGUCGGUCCAUAAACCCAAUAAGACCGCAACGACAAAAAAUCAAGAAAAGGUGGAAGAACCCAACUGCACAGCACCUGAAACCUAAAUGCCGCAUCUAGUCUAAUGUUUGGUCAGAAGUCUACAGAUUAACUGCUGUUGUUCCUAAGCCGCUUGAUGAAUAUUGGCCACGAUAAUAAACCGCACUUUCAUCCGCAUCCGCAGUCGCAACCGCAUCCGCAUCCUCAGCUGCCAUCGAGCAGCAGCAGCAGGAGCUCCUCAUCAGAAGCAGCAGCAGCAGCCGUCGAUAUAAAUCGUUUGGCCGCCGCCGGCGAUCGAUCGAUCAGUCCGUCGUCGUAUCAGUCCGUGAUUGCCGUUUCCGCUGCCGCCGCCGUCGCCGUUGCCGCCGCCGCCUCCUCGUACCGCCACCACCCACUACUGCAGCAAGGUCAUGAGCGGCAGCAGCAGCAGCAGCAGCAGCACCACAAUUCAGUUGCCAACCAGCUGCAACAUCAGCAACAGCAACAGCAACAACACCUUUACCACCCAAAUUUACCACCAAAAAUUAGCAGUGAAUCCGGUCAUCCGAUGGUGAUGACCCCCAGUCGACGAACCUCACCAACCCUUCCGGCACUUUCGCAUCAGCAUCAGCAUUCGCAUCCCCAUCCCCAUCCGCAUCCACAUUCGCAUCCACAUUCGCUGCCCCUGGCGCUACCGUUGCGCCAUCCCCUCAACCUGAAUGCGAGCGGUCAGCAGCAGCAGCAGCAGCAGCAGCAGCAACAUCAUCUUCAUCAGCAGCAGCAGCAGCAGCAACAACAGAAUUCACCAUCCCGCUCGCAAACGCAAACGCAGCAACCGCAAUCCCAAUCGCCGGCACAAUCGAUGAGCGCCCACUUUUCGCAGCUGGCCCACGCCCAGCUGCAUUUGCAGAAUCAGUUGCAGCAGAAGCUAAGCCGGAGCAGCGCUGGCAAUUCCAAUUCCGGGGGGGAAAGAGCGGGUUCCGGCAGCGUUGGCAAUCCAGACAAUCCGCUCAAUCCGCUCAGUGAUUUGCAGAAUAUGCAACCGUUUGAUUUUCGAAAAAUCAAUUCGGCGGCGUUGGGUGCGUUUGCGGGUCCGCUGCCAUUGCCGCCGAGUCCCACGGAAUUCGGGCAUCAUCAGCAGCACCAGCACCAUCAUCAUCAGCAUCAGCAUCACCUGCACCGGAGCAAUCAGUUCUUCAAUGCAAUGGCGAUGGCGUACCAUUUGCCACCGCCGCCGCCGCCGCCGCCACCGGCGUCGAAUGAGUCCCGCUCGCCACCGCCGCUGCCGCCGCCGCCGGGCGUUGGCCCCUAUCCGCAUCCAGCCGGUUCGGGAUUGGGCUCCGGAUCGGGUUCGGGAUCGGGAUCGGGAUCGGGUUCGGGUUCGGGUUCGGGUUGCGGUUCGUUGGACGAGGGAUCGGGCGGCAAGCGAAACAGCGAUAAGGCAACCAAUUCGAAUUCCAGCUCCGGCGUAACUUCCCAGCGAAUGACACGGCUGGCCUUGUCCUCCAAUAUGCGAGCCAGUCGAAAGACCCAUUCACCUGGCAGCGCUGGAUCGGGCGGAGGUGGCGGUGGCGGAGGUGGGGGAGGAUCGUCAGGCGGCGGGAAACGGCAGUGGGGCACCAUGCCGGCCAAUUUGGGCACACAGUUCAUCAAUCCGGUGACCGGCAAGAAGCGGGUGCAGUGCAAUGUCUGUCUGAAGACCUUCUGCGACAAGGGCGCCCUCAAGAUCCACUUCUCGGCCGUCCAUCUGCGCGAGAUGCACAAGUGCACGGUGGAUGGCUGCAGCAUGAUGUUCAGCUCGCGGCGAUCGCGGAACCGGCACAGCGCCAAUCCGAAUCCCAAGCUCCAUUCGCCGCACCUGCGACGCAAGAUCUCGCCGCACGACGGACGCAGUGCCCAGCCGCAUCCGCUGCUCCUCCAGGCGCCGAAUGGUCUGAUGGCCGGCCUGGCUCCCUUCGGUAGCUUCCCCCUGCUCACCCCGCCGCCGGACCUGCGGCACCAUGCGAUGGGUGGCUCCGGAGCGGGCGGUGGUGGGUCGGCGGGUGUGGGCGCCUUGGAGCUGAAGCACGGGCAGGAUUAUCUGCAGAGAUCCUACCUGGAUGCCGGGCGGUUCGAGGGACAGCGGCGGAAGAUGACGCUGGAGAACGAACACACUGAGGACGAGGACGACGACGAGAUCCUCGAGGUUGGCAUCCAUAUGGCCGGCGAUGACGAUGACGACGAGGCUGAUGGCGAUGAGGAUGACGACGACGAUGAUCCCGAUGGCAUUGUUGUGGUUGGCGAUGAGCUCGAUAGCAUGCCGCUCGAUCACGACAACGAUCACGAUAAUGAUAAUGAUAACGAUAACGAUAACGAGCAUGAGAACGAUAACGACGAGAGCGAUGAGCGCUCAACGUCGGCGGUUUCCAGCCUGAGUCAAACCAAAGAGCAACCCAGUCCUCCGGGCAAGGCCGUUCUGUCCAGCGGCCUCGAGGAAUGUCACACGCAUGCCCAUGUCUAUGGCCAUGCCGCCCAUCACACACAGCACGCCCACGCCCACGCCCACUCGCAGCAGCAGCACGCCCUCGCCCACGCCCACCACUCGCAGCACGCCAACGCCAACGCCCACUUGCACGCCCACGCCCACGCCCAUGCACUCGCCCAAAUGGCAGCGAAUAAACGUAAGCGCAAGAGCCAAAAUCCAACGAGAUGUCCCGUUCAAUCGGACGAGAAUUCCGGCGAGAAUUCGGUGGACUACGAUGUCGCCGCCGAUUUGUCCAUUAAGAAGGUGCGCCUGCCCGUUCAGGCCGCCGCAUCCGCCAAAGAAACAGAGGUGGGGGAGUCGACCAAAUCGAUACCAUCGCCGCCGCUAACGCCGUACGGUGAUCUCAGGCCAGCGGUGGGUCUUUGUAUCAAAACGGAGCAGGAGACCGAAUCCGAGCCACCCGAACCGGAAACGGAAUUCAAGAGGGAGCGGGUGGUGGAGGAACACGAAAGGGAUACGGAAACGGAAGCGAGGAGAUCGGGUGACGAAACGGAGGCGAAGGAUCAACAACCGGUAACACCGGACACCAGUUUGGAUCUUUCCCGGGCAGCGGCCGCCAUCAAGUUGGAACCACUGGAGGAGAUCGGCUACGAGGCGGACGAGAAUCGGUAUGUGCGCAUCAAACAGGAGCUAAUGGGCGGCGAUGAGUCCUUGGCGGAGUCAGCGGCCAAGACUGCCAAUCACAAUAAUAAUAACAAUAAUAACAAUAACAACAGCAGUGGCAAUGGUUUGGUCGACGAGGAUGAGCGCGAAACGGAAACGGAAGUGGAUGUGGAACCCGAAACGGAACCAGAACCGGAACCAGAACCGGAACCAGAACCCGAAGCGGAACCGGAACCCGAGGUGCCCAUCGACAAGGAGAACCCACUGAAGUGCACCGCCUGCGGCGAGAUAUUCCAAAAUCACUUCCAUCUGAAGACCCACCACCAAAGCGUCCACCUCAAGCUGCACCACAAGUGCAACAUCGACGGCUGCAAUGCGGCGUUCCCCUCGAAGCGCAGUCGCGAUCGCCACAGUUCGAAUCUGAACCUGCACCGCAAGCUGCUGUCGACCAGCGAUGAUCAUGGUCUGUUGCAUGCACCCAGUGUUCUGCCCACGGAUCCGCUGCUCGAGCUAAUGAGUCUUAAUUUGAACAACAAUAAGGUUGGUGGUGGUGGUGGUGGUUUUCCCCACUCAACGGUGGGCGGUUCGGUGGUGAAUCCAGCGGUGGGUGUUAAUCCAGCAGUGGGCAGCAUCCAGGCGGAGAUCCUGGCCAGAAUCUGUGCCGGUGUCCAUGCCCAUGGACUGAAUGUACCGCUGUGCUUCGAGGCGCUGCAACAUCGAUUCGCCGUGGGACACGGACACUCGUAUCCGCUGGUCAACGAUGGCAACGCACCGAAUCCGAAUCCCCGCCUGCUCCUGAGCCACGGUGGUGUGAGCAGUCCACUGCUCUUUGCCGGCCUGCCGCGAAUGCCGAGAUUUCCGCAGCUAACGCCGCACAUGUUGGCCGGUAAUCCGGGAAUGGCGGCGGCUCUCAGUCCCUUCUGCCGACGAACUUCCUCCGAUUCGAAUUCGCAGCACUCGGUCACACCGCCGCCGCCCACGAAGCGAUCCCGUUCGCGAUCGGGGUCACCACAUCCGGCCGAGGCAAUCAUCCCGGGCCUGGCCACCUCAAACACCGAGGAGGCGGGCCAGCGACAAAGUCCCGAUCGCAUAUCAUGACCAUGUACCUCGUAUUAUGCCAAGGCCUUGGCAUUUUAUCACUAAGAGUGUCCUCAUGUCAUGCACACACCACACACACUCACGAACACACACACACACUUUGGAAAGUCAAAUGCAUCCAUCUAUAACAUAGAUUCUAUAUAAUAUAUACACACAUAUAUAUCUAUAUAGAGUGCAUUGCUCAUGAAGAUCGAGGAUCGUCUGCCGCUCAUAAUACGAAAUAAAAGCAAAAAAUAAAAUAAAAAUGAAAAUGAGAAAUACUUUCACUUAGGCUAAUGCUAAAAUAAAAUAUUAGAUGGAUCAACUAGCAUUUUUUUUCUAUACUUAAAUAUACAUAUACUAUAUAUAUACAAAUAUAUAUAUAUGAGUCCCUUUUUUUUAAAUUGUACUUAUAAAGAACGGAUGUUUUGUGUACAAGCGUCGUGUUGUAGAGAAUUUAUAAAUGGCAAAGAAAAUAACAAGUACUAAAUAAAUAAAUAACGAUACAUAUUGUUAGUGAUACUCGAUUAUGUAAGUUAAUAGCCACUAAGCAGCGCCUACUGGUAUCGUGAAUAAUAUUUUUUUUUUAUUAUUAUUAUUAUUAUUAUUACUAUCAUUAUUUUAACUGGAAUAUUAAGUGUGUUGUAAAUGAUAUGGCGAUGGCAUUGGGAAUGCAAAAAUUAGAUGAGUCAACGACGACGAAACGCUUGAUAUGAGGAAUCGAACAAAAUUUGAUUACAGAUCGAUUACAGAUUUAUCGAAUUAGGUAGGAUCACUCAUUCAAAGUCCUCAUGAUCCAAAUCGAAAAAAAUGAUGUUUUGUUGUUUUUUUUUUAUUACAAACAAAUCCUAAAGUAAUUAUGUAGUCGGUUAGUUAGUUCUGAAACAGUAACCAGACAAAUACCUUCAACUCAUAUUUAAGCUAUAUAUGUUUGCAAUAAAAUAUCUGAAAACUCUUAAA